CCUUGGGAAAUGGCCCCUGGGGCUUCUGCGCUGGUGCUUCUGCUGCUGCUGCCCCCGCUGCUGCCCGGACUUUCACCUCGUGCCACUGGGUGCCCGGCAGCCUGCCGCUGCUACAGUGCCACGGUGGAGUGCGGCGCCCUGCGGCUGCGCGUCAUCCCGCCGGGAAUCCCGCCCGGGACGCAGACACUGUUCCUGCAGGACAACAACAUCGCGCGCCUGGAGCCUGGCGCUCUAGCGCCGCUUGCCGCUCUGCGCCGUCUCUACCUGCACAACAACAGCCUGCGCGCCCUGGAAUCCGGCGCCUUCCGCGCGCAGCCGCGCCUGCUCGAGCUGGCGCUUACCGGCAACCGGCUGCGCGGCUUGCGCGGCGGCGCUUUCACGGGACUGGCCCAGCUGCGUGUACUCUACCUAGCAGGCAACCAGCUGGCGAGGCUGCUGGAUUUCACCUUCUUGCACCUGCCGCGACUGCAGGAGCUUCACCUGCAAGAAAACAGCAUUGAGUUGCUGGAGGAUCAGGCUCUGGCUGGGCUGUCCUCCCUGGCCCUGCUGGAUCUCAGCAGGAACCAGCUGGGCACCAUCAGCAGAGAGGCCCUGCAGCCCCUGGCCAGCCUGCAAGUCCUGCGGCUCACAGAGAAUCCAUGGCGCUGUGACUGCGCCCUGCACUGGCUAGGCGCUUGGAUCAAGGAAGGGGGUCAGCGGCUGCUCAGCUCCAGGGACAAGAAGAUCAUGUGUGCAGAGCCCCCGCGCCUGGCGCUUCAGAGUCUCCUGGACGUAUCCCACAGCAGCCUCAUCUGCAUUCCGCCUUCUGUGCACGUGCAGCCGCUGGAGCUCACAGCCAACCUGGGUGAGGACCUGCGAGUAGCCUGCCAGGCCUCCGGCUACCCGCAACCCCUGGUGACCUGGAAAAAGGUGUCCCAGCCCCGCGAGGGCCAACCGCGGGCCCAAGCCCAGCUAGAAGGCGGGGCGCCGGGCCUGGGUGGGCAUGCGGCCUCGGACACGGGCAGCGGUAUGCUCUUCCUCACCAACAUCACGCUGGCGCACGCCGGUAAGUACGAGUGCGAAGCCACCAACGCCGGCGGCGCCGCCCGCGUGCCGUCCGCAUUCUGGUCAACGCCUUCCCGACAGCAGCCACCGCCGCCGCCGCCUCCAGCCCCCCGACCCGUCGGCCACGCGCCGCGGCCCGAGACGGGGAGCAUGGCCUUCCGCGCCCUGGGCCUAGCCACGCAGACGGCCAUCGCGGCGGCUAUCGCGCUGCUGGCGCUCCCAGCACUGCUGCUGACUGCCAUGAUUUGUCGUCGGCGCCGCAGACGGAAAAAGGCGCGGGCGCCGCCGGGGGAAGGCGCGCUGUUUGUCAACGAUUACUCGGACGGUCCCUGCACCUUCGCACAGCUCGAGGAGCUCCGCGACGAGCGUGGCCACGAAAUGUUCGUCAUCGACCGCUCCAAGCCGCUUUUCUCUGAGGGACCGGUGGAAGCACCAGCAGACCGCGCUUCAGCCGAGGGGGCUGUGCCCGGGCUCCGCGUCCCGCCGCCAGUCGCCUACGAGAUCCACUGCUGAGGUCGGCGCGCGCGGAUGACGUAGGCGCCGGGGAUUGGCCGGCCUGGCCUCGCGCAUGCUCCGUCAGUAAAGGUGGAAGCCGCGCAGUGUACGC